CACAUUCGAUCGCUGCUGCUGCUGCUGCUGCUGUCGUUUAUCGUCUUCUCUGCCACGAUGUGUGUGAACAUUGUGUUGUGUAUGCUGGACGCAUGCGCUGUCCGCUCGAAGUACAGUAGCACUGGCGGCGGUGGCGGUGGCGGUAACGGCAGCGUCAGCAGACGCGGCAGCGGUUUGCUGAUAGCAGAGGCGCGCCGGCGCCAGUGCUAAUGCCUGCUCACCGUCCAAUUUGCGUGUGCGUAUGAGUGACGACCAACAGCGGCAGCGAUAGAAGCAAGCGCAACGAGUUGACGACGGCUACGGUACCGAUGACGGGCUGUUACUACUGCACCACAAUCACGGCGCGGCAGCGACAGUAAUGACGGCGGCGGCGGCGGCCUGCCAGUCGGCGUUGGCAGAGGGCAACGCAGUGGUGAUCGCAGUGGCGGCUAAAGCAAACGAACAAGCGACGGUGUCGUUCGUGAUGUCUGUCUGUUGUCUGCGUGUGUAAGGUAUCUCCGAAGGUCCCACACCAAUCGCGCAGCAAUUGCAUGAUAAAAAUUGCUAUAGUAGUCGACACAGUGGCCGCAAAAGUUGCAGUACCAGAAACAACAGCAGUCGCAGUGUCGUCCUGCCAACCAGAGCGAACCAGGGGGCGUCGUGGAAGACAGAGCAUCAACAAGUAUUCACCGCCACAAUAUCUCUACGAAAGUUCAGAGCACUUCGGUAUCGUCCCGUCGCAUCUGCUCCUGUUAUUGGUCCUAUUGUUUGGGCGUCUGUCCUGGCCCGGUCCAAAUACUGUUGACCAUCCGCCUACUCGGAUUGCGACCCGCAGAUGCUGCUGAUUAGUGCAGUUGAUUUAACUGAAAUGGCCGUUUUUGUUCAUUGGUUUGUUGGACGUUUACUCAGCUUCUAUGAAUUGCUCUCUAGGGCAUAGCGAAACAGAAAGCUGUGUGUGUGUAUGUGCGUAUUUUUGUGUAUUUGUGUCUGCAAGUCAGCUGUGUUCCCUCCAGGGUCCCGUUGUUCGAUCCUACUGAAGAUUACGCUGUUACGCAUAGAUUAUCCAGGAUUAUAUAUCUGUAUAUGCAUAUAGGUUACUACCUGUCGUACUCAACGGGACGAUGUGAACGGUGUUAUGUUGUAUCGUGUUGAAACUAAGCGCAGCAACAAUCUCAGCAGAUUGCGCCGGAGUAGCUACUUCUGAAUGCGGCUGUACACCGGCUGCAUAUACUCGCACGACGACGCACGCGAAGAUCUGUUUUAGUUAUUGUCGUCGCUGCAUGGGUGAAUGCACAAACAGACGGUUCUGGUCCCAUUUGCGUACGUGAAGCUCGUUGCUCAAGGCGCGACAGCGGCAUGCUGUUGGACCUGCAGUCCAAAUACUGAGGAUUACUGUGAAAUUAGCAUUGGUGAUUUGUUACACUGCCCGUAUGUAAGUCACUGUACACAUCCUACUUGAGAGAGCCUGUUUACGAAAAAGGACACGUUGCGGCCGCCUAUGCUUAAAAGGAAAUGCCAUUCGCAUGACGACCUGGCCACAGAGCCUGGAGGCCAUAGUGCCAAGCGGGCGAGCGUGGCCGCACUGACGGCGAUCCCUGGCCUCGCAGCAUCUUCGGGAGCGAGCGGCCAUUUAACAGCAGGUGGCUUCCUUGCAGCAGCUGUUGCCGCGAUUGGCGGUAACAACCACCACUCAACGGUAGCGAACAAUAGUAACAGUCAUACUAACAACAACAGCAGCAACAAUAACAACUACGGCCCCAACAUCAACAACGUUACAAUGGAUUACGACAAGUCGCAAGGUUCGUCGACUGCUACGACGGUAGCAAAAAUGGAAGUUGUUCUGCUAAUAGACCUGGAAACACGUCAUCCGGAGUGGGGUGACUCCAGUAACCGUCUGAUUGCUCAGGAGGAGAUUCGGCGAGCAUGCCGAGCUGCUGGGGCCACACUUCGAACGAUUGACUUGCGAGACCUUGGGCAUCAGGAGAGACCUUCAGGAGAAAUUCAGGAACUUUUUUACCAGGCGGACGUCGCUAUCGUAGAUAUCACCAUCCGGAGUCAAUGGAACUGCCUGUUUUACCAUCUCGGCAUUCGGGAGAGUUUCCGUAUGGUUCACUCGAUUGUUAUAGGCAACGCCUCCAGUAAGACCGGCGACCAUAAGAGUCAACUCGGUAAUUAUCGGCCAAUCUACUACUGCGUUGCCGAUAACGAGAGACAGCCGAUAUGCUACGUGAGUGAAAUUGGGCCUUCUUUCUCCGAUGGAAUCGGUAUUGUGCCUGUUGCCGAGAAGGACCUUCUUUGCAGCGUCAUUAAGAAACGGUUGCUCGAAUUUGAAGUCAAUUCAAAAGAAUUUCUGAAAGAAAAGUUUAUGGCAGAUUUGCGACAGCUUCGAGAGUCACAUCGCGGGGAUGAGCUGAAGGCAGCUCUGAAGAAGUUCCGCCUGCGCCUCGACGACCCUAACGUGAUCUCCCCAGAGGUGGUGCAUAAGAUGUUAAAUGCGCUCAAUGAUGCCCAGGACUACGACUCAUCAGCGAAGCUGGUUGAAGACCUUCAAGAGGUUCCCACGCUAUCGUUUAUGCACCACCCUGCUAUCCAAUAUCUAUACGCCUUUGCGCUUAACAGACGAAAACGCGAAGGUGAUACGGAUCGUGCGUUAGCUGUGAUGGAAAAGGCUUUAGAAAGAAAGGAAAAUGAGAUUCCUGAUUACCUAGGUUUGUGUGGUCGUAUUUACAAGGAUAAGUACCUAAACAGCGAUUGUAAGGACACCGAUUCACUCAAAAAAGCCAUUGAGUGGUAUCGAAAGGGUUUCGAUGCUCAGCAGUCCGUCUACAACGGAAUCAACCUAGCUACCCUGCUUACAGCUGAUGGACACAGGCCUGAAGAGAGCCAUGACCUCCAAUACGUAUUCCUCGUGCUCAACAACCUCAUUGGAAAGAAGGGCGAGAUCGACUCAAUGACAGAUUACUGGGAUGUGGCAACCUACUUUGAAGUCUGCUAUCUUGUCGAGAACUAUACGCGAGCUAUCCAGGUGGCAGCCAAGAUGUUCCACCUAAAUCCUGCCAGCUGGUGCCUCGAGACUACGCUUCUCAACAUUCAGUUAAUUGCUCGGAAAAGAAGAAAAGGUGAUACAAGUGCCAUUUUGCCCGAGGAGCAUAUUAUGGGCUUUUGGAUCGAUUACUUUAGCAUGGCCACUAAGGAGACGCUCGACGACACAAUAUUGUUUCCGGCGAUCAUAAACGAACCAAGUGAACAACUGAUGCCUGCUGAAGUCACCUUGCAUCUGGACACUGGCGAUCAGAAAAAAUACAUUCAGAUCUCGCACAAAUGCGCCGAAACCUUACGGGGUAACUGUAAAAGGAGACACGACUGGAACUUCACUUCCCCGGCAAUCAAAGGUGUCUCGCUUUACCGACAAGAUGAUCGUUGUAUCCUGUUGUAUGUGCAUGAAAAUUCCGAUGACUUUCAAAUGUUUUUCCCAUCUUCAACUGCGAGAAAGCGCUUCUAUCAGGUUGUGCAAGACAUGAUUAGCGAAAACCAGCAGAAUGACGAAGACGCGAUGUGUCACGCUUUCGACUACGACUCAACACAGUUCCCGUGUGUCGAGUUUGAGUACGAUCUGGAUGAAAGCGGGCAUAAGAAGGUUCUUGGAAAAGGCACCUAUGGCGUGGUUUACGCGGCUACAGAUAUAAAGAAGAUGACUCAAAUUGCAGUGAAGGAAAUCCCUGAAAAAAACUUAAAGGACGUACAACCGUUGCACGAAGAGAUCAUGCUACACAUGCAUUUGCGGCACAAAAACAUUGUUCAGUAUCUCGGUUCGAAGAGCGAAAAUGGAGUAGUAAAGAUAUGCAUGGAGCGCGUGCCCGGGGGUAGUUUGUCUCAUCUACUGCGUUUCAAUUGGGGUCCACUUCGCAAUGAGAGUACAAUCGCCCACUAUACCCGCCAGAUUCUAGAAGGCAUCAAGUAUCUGCAUAAGAAUAAUAUCGUGCACAGGGACAUUAAGGGAGAUAACGUACUCAUCAACACUUAUUCUGGAAUUGUAAAAAUAUCUGAUUUUGGCACAUCGAAGCGAAUGGUGUCUGGCCGACUUGUGGAAACGUUUGCGGGCACCUUUCAGUAUAUGGCUCCUGAAGUAAUGGACAAUGGCGAUCGAGGCUACGGCAAACCGGCUGACAUUUGGUCGUUGGGCUGCACGGUUAUCGAAAUGGCGACGGGCAAAUUCCCAUUUUCCGACUUACCACCACAAGCAGCAUUAUUCAAGGUCGGGCAGUUCAAGAUUCACCCAGACAUUCCCGAAACGCUAACGGAAGUCGCGAAGACCUUUAUUGAGAACUGCUUUACACCUGAUCCUGACAAACGAGCCACCGCCGAAGACCUUCUUGCUGACAUUUUCCUUGACACGACUCAGCGCAAGAAGCGACAACGUCCUACCGGUCCCCCGCUUGAAAUUCCCCGUAGCAUGUCUGUUCCCUAUGGAAGUCUUGCUUUCGCAGGCGGCGGUAGAAUGACCCGCUUUGCGUCCACGGGUGACGAAGGCCCUUCAAAGAUUUUAGCGUCUCCGACCUCGGAAAGUGUACCUAAGAGUCCUGGAACAUACUCGUACAGCUGUUCUACCCGCGGGCCGGACUCACAAACCCUUCUGACACCAUCGUUCUGCUCAGCAGUCAACUGGGGUUUGACUUCUACUGGUACAAACUCGGGUCUUCUCAGCCCGCCAGUCGAUGGCGGACCGCUCAAUGGCGUCGAAGAGACCGCCGGAUUCUACAUGCUUAAAAAGGACUCGCAACGAAGGCAAACGAUCGUUAAGGUGAUGCAAGAAGAUAAGGAACAGCUGCUGUCGAUAUGGAUGGACAGGAUUCGAGGAACAUUGUCUUCAGCUUCGGUACUCCUCAUUAGUGAGGACCAUCUGAAGCAACUCCUGAGUGGAAUCAUAGCAUAUGUACCUGCGCAGGACAAGGGCCAUCUCAGCCGGGUGCUCGCUAUGCUCAAAGAGCUACUCGACUACGACGGGCAAGCCGUCAGCCAGCUCCAGACAGCACUCUUUGUUUUUCAGCAAUCGGUCAUGGAGAUCCUUCAGAUUCGGCAAAACAUUAAGCCGCACUGGAUGUUCGCGCUGGACAACCUCGUUAAGCAAUGCUGCCAGGCAGCUAUAUCGAUUCUGUCUCCAGAACUAGCCGCUAACAUUAGUGGGCAUAAUAUAGAGGAGGAAGAUGAUGAUGGAGAUGAUGAUCGGGUGUCCACGACAAGUGGCGUCUCGACCUCGAAUUCGAUUCGGUCCGCGGCACAAAAGGUUGGCGAGGAAUCUCCUGCUAGUCAUCUCCCUUCGAACCUUCCGGGUACCGGAGAUUUUCUCAGAGCAUUCGGACAACUCGGAGCUGCUCAAGAGAAAACUGCCAAGUAUGUUCUCUUGAAGGGCACAAACGAUCUCGUAAAUACGCUGGUACAAAGUGAGAAACUCUACCAGGACCUGUUGGUCUCAUUACUUCAAAGUCGACAUCAUCAGAGGAAGUUCGUCCAAGACGUCGCUAGUGAUUCAACGGCCUUGCAGCAGACGCCUCACGUCUCUCACGCUUCCCAGGAAAGUAUUCCCGGUACAUCGGGAAUGAGUCGAGCUCAAAUUAUCAAGGAAGACGGUGACCCUUUGAUGGUACAGUGGCUGGAGGACAUUGGACUUGAUGAAGAGAGUGUGCUUAAGUUUGUCAAGGAACGCUUCACAAUAGAAGACGUCCUGCAACUCGUUGAUAGGGAUGACCUCAAACGACUGGGCCUCAAGCUUGGCUAUGAAGUUCGAGUGUGGACUGCUAUUCAGCGACACCGAAGUCAAAAGGAUUAGAUAGUUAACGCCGGUAGCAACUUAUUUUAGGAAAAGCAUUGUUGAAGGUUGAAUAUACCCCCCCCCCCUUUUUUUUUUUUUUUAUUAAAUAUGUUGAUCGCCUCAUAUUCAGCCAGUUUUGAUCCACCAAAUUUAAUUUCUGCCCACUUUUGCAUGCGCCGCUCGUUGAGUGAGGCGAUGAAGGGGCAAGACCCAGUUAAGUUUAUAACAGUUUUCCAACAUAAUAAUAGAAACAAUUAAACAUAGUUCAGUGUCAAUCUAUAAUCAACACGAGAGUGACAACAAAUACCCGGCAUAUCAAUGCUAACGGCGACAACACAGAGCGUUAGCUUAAUGGAGGCAUUAUCGAAAACUGUACAACCUAAGCCUCCAGUUUACCAUAACUAUCCCUUAUUAAACAGACAUUUGGAAUUUAACCACUAGAGUAGGUAUAUUGAUUCAUCGCUGAAAACCUGUGCUGAGACUAUUAAAAAUUUAAUAAAUAUCAUAAAGAAUCAAACAAAUCUCCAGCACAGUUGCCUUGAUAAAUGAAACUUCACAGAAAAAAACCCAAGAAAAAAACGCUAUGUCAUAAAUGCCAUUCACAAUACAAUAGUUACUUUCUUAAGUUUACCUUAUCAAAGCUACAACUACCUCCAGGAACGUUAAACAAUCGUCGGCCUCAAAAUUAACAAUUUAAUUAACUUAAUACAUAAUAAAAAGUACAUAAAUGUAUAUUGUUGUGUGAUUUUGCAAA